AUGCAGUCGACGGACACUGGAAAACAGACAAAACUCGUCUUGCGCACAGCCUUGCCCAUCCAUUGGCAACAGCAGCAAGCACAGCAGCAACAGCAAGCACAGCAGCAACAUCAACAACAGAAAGACCACUUACAUGAGCAACAAGAGCAACGGCAACGCCCCGAAACGCAGAACCAGCACGAACAACAACAGCGCAGGACCCAGAGGCAGCUACUGAACCAGCACCGCGAACAGCAGCAUGAUCAGCAGCAGCACCAACCACAGCAAAGACAGGACGAUGUGCACCUUAAAAAUCCUUUGGUGAGUUGCAAACAGACUGUUGAGCCCCACAAACCAAAGGCCUGCCCUGUUCCUGCAGAUGCUCGUGUAAAGUUCGACCACGGUAAUUAUCCCCUUAGUGCCUGCAGCAGCAGCAGCUGCUGCCCUGGUAGCAGUUCGUACGCCACUGCUGCAUCUCGACAGGGCACUGCGGUUAGGCAUUCCCCCAUUGCUCCUCAGCCCCAGAAGCAGGGUCUUGCGGCUGAUAGCAUCUAUCUCCGGGGCGGCUGGGGGCUUAUGCGUCCGACGAGCGGCGGCACACUUCCAAUAGAUUGUGGGAAGCCCCUGAAGCAGCAGCGAUGUGCUUCAGAAGUACCAGGGGGUCCCGCUUCCGGCUGCUGCACUCCUUCCUUCUCCCACUCGGAGGUGCUGCACAAAGCAACAGCAGCUGGAAGGACAGCAACAAAGGAAGAAAUGCGAUGCACAAGCAACAGUAGCAACAAGGCGCAGCCUCUUCUGCCACAGCACGGAGCGCUGUUUGGGGCCCUAUCUCCAGAGCAAACAAAAGUUGUCAACGCGCCGCCACACUCCAGCGUAUGCGUCCUGGCAGGUCCUGGAGCAGGCAAAACGAGCACAAUAACGGCUCGCAUAGUGGGUCUGCUGCUGCAAGGUUGUCGGCCUUUGGCUGCUUUGACCUUCACCAAGAAGAGCGCCACAGAACUCGAACGACGAGUCCGUGGAGGUCUUGAAGGAGUGCUCAAGGACCAGUGCGCAUCGGCUUGUUCCUCCAGCUGGAAUGCGGGUGUGGGUGGGAUCGGUGAGAAGGAUCUGUUCGUAGGAACGUUUCAUUCCUUUUUCGUGAGGCUCCUCAAGAGCUACGGCGUCUGCGUAGGGGUACCACCCAACUUUCGCGUCCUCAAUCAGUUUCAGCAGCUGUCAAUCCUCCGUAACCUUAUCGACAGCGAAAAACGGGCCGAGGCGAUGCGCAAUGGGAGCUCUGGGGCUAGGGGAGUAAGUGCAUUGUUGCGCAGCAGUCCAGAGGUCCCUGAGGUGUCGAGCGAGGAGGACGACGGCUGCUCCGAAGAGGAGGGAGAGGCCCGGGGGCCGGCUUUCCAAAGCCUUGACAGCGGCGCAUUCAACUCUUCCACCACCAAGGAGGCGGAGGAACUCCGCAAGAGGAUCCGCAGCAUGAAGUUUAUUCCCGAGCUGUUGGAGCGCGAGCGCGCUGCUGGCUCGGUGCUCUUUCGCCUGUUCUUUCAGUACGAUAAACACCUCAGGGAGCAGCAACCACCCCUCCUUGACUUCACCGAUUUAACCGUUAAGGCACUCAAGCUCCUAGAACCGCCGGCAACACGCGCCGAGUUGGGCGCGCAAUGGCCCUACCUAGUUGUCGACGAGUUCCAGGACACUAACAGCAACCAGUUCAAGUUCAUUUGUCUCCUCGCCUUGCAAAGGCCCCCAAACAUACAGACACUGCACACUGCAAUAUUUCACGAAUUCAAGCGCAACUUCCCCGACUACCAAGAAUUUUUUCUGUCCUGCAACUACCGGUCCGUCCCAGCGGUGGUGCGUCACAGUUUGUCGCUAGUCAAUUUCAACUGGCCAUUUCGGAUUUCCAAGGCGCUGUACUCUUCACAUGACUCUCCCGGGGAUGGGGACCUUUCUCGCAGCAUCUACCUGCAGGGCAAUGCAAAGAUUGAUACAGGAGCGGAGAGGAAGGAUUCAGUAGUCACAGAUGCAGCGAUAAAAGACACAAGGGGUCCAGCCGGGGGCCACGUACACGGAGCAUUUCUUCCGUCUCAGAGUUUGGAAGCGCAGUACAUCUUAAGGUAUAUUCUCUGCCUGAAGCAACACCACAGCUUGCGAUGGGAUGACUUCGCUGUUCUCUGCCGCACCAACAGCGCCUUAUUGGACAUCCAGAACCUCCUGACGAACCCCCGCAUACAACGCGCUGCGUGCUCCUCUGAUUCGCCUUUCACCGCCAAUGCAGUGCGUGAAAAUUCAGAAAACUGUGGGGACAGCAUAGGUUUCUGCGAUCCCAACAACCCUAUUGACCCGGCGAUGUUGUUUCCGGCUGUGGACUUGGCGGAUCUCGAGCUGCCUGCGGGAGGGCUGCCCUUAAGCAGCACGACUUCAAAACGGAGUGGAGGGGCAGAGGUGUUCUUGCGUCCAGAUGUACUAGACCUCCUCUCCUACCUCCGUUUGGCAGUUGACCCUCACCACGACGCUUCCUUUAUUCGCGUGCUCAACAGGCCACCAAGGCGGGUGGGGGCAAAGACCCUCUUGGCUCUAAAGCGUGUCCAGAGCGCAUCCGCUAGCCAUUCAACAAACGAGACAGACAAUUCCUGCACCAUCAUUGAAAUGCCUUGGCAAAGCAUCCCUUGGGCUUCAGGCGACCAAAGGAAAUCCAGGGAAACCCCUCCUCUGCGUGCUUCUCUCUUCGAUGCCCUGUGGCGCGUGCUGCGUUGCGCCGGUGUGCAAGGCGAAGUUCAGGAAGUGCAGCCGGAAGGAGCUGCACAUGCAGAUGUAGUGGCAGCAGCUGAAGCUGCACGGCUGCGCACGAAUCAGCUGGAGUCUCUGGCCUCCUUCGGUAAGGCGAUCUACAGACUUCGCGCCAUGGCAGCCACAGCUGUUUCCGUUAAGGCAGUGCUGGAGGUCUUGCUUGGCCCCCUAGGGAUGGGUGAGUUUUUCGCCCAUAGAAGACUUAUGAAGCGCUCGCGCCGGGGAGGACCUCCAGAUAAUGAAGGCGCCACUGGCACGGCUGACUCUGCCAUUCCGCAGAACAUUGGGACGCCUGCAGCUGCGGCAGCGGCAGGCACCAAGCCGCGCCGUAGCAAAAGGAAAGCAACGGCGGCCGAUGACGUCGAGGAUCCCAAAGGAUCAGACACCCAAAAGGAGGAAGCCUCUCUACGGGAACUAUCAACGCUAUAUGGGUCGGAAAUGUUUGCAGAUGUUCUCGCCUUGCUGCGAGCUGCAGAGGCUUACUCACCCAAUUGGCAGCAGGCUACAGCAGCAGACUGCAUCCUCAGGCUACUCCGAGAUGCAGACGCUGGGAGGUUCUUACAGCAAAAAGUUACAAAUGCUGUUACACUCUCCACUAUUCACCAAGCCAAAGGCCUAGAGUGGCAAGUAGUCAUCGUUGCAAGAGCCAAUGAAGGGACACUACCCAUGGGGAUUGGCGGUAGUCAGCCGCUGGCGGACUUCGUGGGUCGUUUGAUUUCGAGUUUCGCCGAAAAACCGCCGAUGCCUGAAGCGCUGCGUCAGGCAGAAGCAACGAUAGUGAGGCAAGCCUCAGGGAACGAACAGCAUUUUCACCUCAUGGAGGAGCGGCGGGUUUGUUACGUAGCACUGACCCGAGCUAGACGUUUUCUGCUCCUCACGGCUCCCCUGGCUGAUAAGGCGAAUCAUCCCCUAAUCCCCUCCCGUUUCUUCAAAGAGUCGGGUCUCGUGUCGCAGCGGCAGCCGCAGCCACCGUCGCCGGCAGUGCCAACGGGGGCUGACACAAAAUCUGACGAAAGCCAGAAUGCUUAA